AUGUUUAAGAUGGGAGCAGAGGGCUUGGAUCAGAGCAGAGGGCUUGGAUCAGAGCAGAGGGCUUGGAUCAGAGCAGAGGGCUUGGAUCAGAGCAGAGGGCUUGGAUCAGAGCAGAGGGUUUGGAUCAGAGCAGAGGGCUUGGAUCAGAGCAGAGGGUUUGGAUCAGAGCAGAGGGCUUGGAUCAGACCAGAGGGCUUGGAUCAGAGCAGAGGGCUUGGAUCAGAGCAGAGGGCUUGGAUCAGAGCAGAGGGUUUGGAUCAGAGCAGAGGGCUUGGAUCAGAGCAGAGGGCUUGGAUCAGAGCAGAGGGCUUGGAUCAGAGCAGAGGGUUUGGAUCAGAGCAGAGGGCUUGGAUCAGACCAGAGGGCUUGGAUCAGAGCAGAGGGCUUGGAUCAGAGCAGAGGGCUUGGAUCAGAGCAGAGGGUUUGGAUCAGAGCAGAGGGUUUGGAUCAGAGCAGAGGGUUUGGAUCAGAGCAGAGGGUUUGGAUCAGAGCAGAGGGCUUGGAUCAGAGCAGAGGGUUUGGAUCAGAGCAGAGGGCUUGGAUCAGAGCAGAGGGCUUGGAUCAGAGCAGUUGCGGUCUUUGCCUGAAGGACUUAAGACUUCACGUUCCUGCGUCGCUGCUUCACGUUCCUGCGUCGCUGCUUCACGUUCCUGCGUCACUUCACGUUCCUGCGUCACUUCACGUUCCUGCGUCGCUGCUUCACGUUCCUGCGUCGCUGCGUCACUUCACGUUCCUGCAUCGCUGCUUCACGUUCCUGCGUCGCUGCUUCACGUUCCUGCGUCGCUGCUUCACGUUCCUGCGUCGCUGCUUCACGUUCCUGCGUCGCUGCUUCACGUUCCUGCGUCACUUCACGUUCCUGCGUCGCUGCUUCACGUUCCUGCGUCACUUCACGUUCCUGCGUCACUUCACGUUCCUGCGUCACUUCACGUUCCUGCGUCGCUGCUUCACGUUCCUGCGUCGCUGCUUCACGUUCCUGCGUCGCUGCUUCACUUCACGUUCCUGCCUCACUUCACGUUCCUGCGUCACUUCACGUUCCUGCGUCACUUCACGUUCCUGCGUCACUUCACGUUCCUGCGUCACUUCACGUUCCUGCAUCGCUGCUUCACGUUCCUGCGUCGCUGCUUCACGUUCCUGCGUCACUUCACGUUCCUGCGUCACUUCACGUUCCUGCGUCACUUCACGUUCCUGUGUCACUUCACGUUCCUGCAUCGCUGCUUCACGUUCCUGCGUCGCUGCUUCACGUUCCUGCGUCACUUCACGUUCCUGCGUCACUUCACGUUCCUGCGUCACUUCACGUUCCUGCGUCACUUCACGUUCCUGCGUCACUUCACGUUCCUGCAUCGCUGCUUCACGUUCCUGCGUCACUUCACGUUCCUGCGUUGCUGCUUCACGUUCCUGCAUCGCUGCUUCACGUUCUUGCGUCGCUGCUUCACGUUGCUGCGUCACUUCACGUUCCUGCAUCGCUGCUUCACGUUCCUGCGUCACUUCACGUUCCUGCGUCGCUGCUUCACGUUCCUGCGUCGCUGCUUCACGUUCCUGCGUCGCUGCUUCACGUUCCUGCGUCGCUGCUUCACGUUCCUGCGUCACUUCACGUUCCUGCGUCGCUGCUUCACGUUCCUGCGUCGCUGCUUCACGUUCCUGCGUCACUUCACGUUCCUGCGUCGCUGCUUCACGUUCCUGCGUCGCUGCUUCACGUUCCUGCGUCACUUCACGUUCCUGCGUCGCUGCUUCACGUUCCUGAGUCACUUCACGUUCCUGCGUCACUUCACGUUCCUGCGUCGCUGCUUCACGUUCCUGCGUCGCUGCUUCACGUUCCUGCGUCACUUCACGUUCCUGCGUCGCUGCUUCACGUUCCUGCGUCGCUGCUUCACGUUCCUGCGUCACUUCACGUUCCUGCGUCGCUGCUUCACGUUCCUGAGUCACUUCACGUUCCUGCGUCACUUCACGUUCCUGCGUCGCUGCUUCACGUUCCUGCGUCGCUGCUUCACGUUCCUGCGUCGCUGCUUCACGUUCCUGCGUCACUUCACGUUCCUGCGUCACUUCACGUUCCUGCGUCGCUGCUGCACGUUCCUGCGUCACUUCACGUUCCUGUUUGUCCGACAGUUUUGCUCCAUGUUUCUAAACCAGCCUCAUUAUCUUCCGAUCUCCUCCUGA